AUGCGCUCAUUGUCCUCAUCCUCAAUCCAAACAACUACUGAAUCUCAUAGUCAUACAACGACCGCUACGCUCGUACCAGGGCAUCCAGUCUUGCAUCCCAAUGUACGAACGUUGUUACCGAAUUUUCGCUUUGAUUAUCAUGGUCAACCAUCAUCUAGUGAUGUUCCUAGUACAGUAAAGCUAUUGAGUGAAUUAGAGCGGUCGUGGGCCAUGUUUGCAGCUUCGUGGAAGGUUGUCGACUUGUUUGCAGGCAUGCAAAUAUGGCAAGAACAGGCUCAAGAUGUUGAUAAUCAUCACAGCUCAACAAAUAUUGAGCCAUUGAAUAAUGUGCUCCUGACAACAACAUCUGCUGGAUUAGUGACAUUUCUAGCUGGACACAUUGGAGGAGGAGGGUUUCUCAUCUCGGUCAUUCUUACGGGACUUGUCGUGGCCGCAGCAUUGUGGACCUUAUCAAAUGCUCGAGCAAAGAAAGCAGUACCAUGUUUCAAGACAUUACAAGUUGUGGAUGGAUCACCGUCGGAGAUUUUUCUAUAUUUGAUGGGGAUCAAGAAUUAUCCCGUUUGGGAUGCAUCAGUUGAAAAAGCAGAAGUCGUGCAUACGAUUGAUGACCAUUCAGAUAUUAUUCAUAUUGUUUAUCGACCAGUAUGGAUGUGGCCAAUAUGGCUGGCUUCGAGAGAUUUGUGUUUGUUGAGAUAUUGGCGACGAGGAGAGGACGGAUCGUAUGUUAUUUGUAUGCAGAGUGCGUUGCAUCCUGAGUGUCCACCAAUGCACGGACUUGUGCGUGCAACGUGCAAAGGCGGUGGUUUUGUCAUUUCACCACGUACACUGAGUCUUACACAGGGAGACGAAAUGACAUCUAUGGUCACUAAUGUGGUGCACUUGGAUCCACAAGGAUGGGAAGGCAAGCUGUUGCAACGCUUGAAUGUCAUGCACUUGUACGUACGACCUCAAGUCUUGUCACUAACGGGGCUGCGCGAUGUGAUGGAAGCGCGGAAGUACGUGUGUCCAAAUGUGCCGGAAGAGUUCUCGGCGGCACUUGCGGCGUCAACGGAAGAGCAGAAGAUAAAUGCAGCAGUGCAAGAUGGAAAAGUCAUUCGUGGUGCUGCUGGUGACGCUAACCCAUUGGUGUCUCGGCUGGAGGAGUUUCCGAGCAAUGUACCACGGUCGAUGUGGGCCGAGCCGGAUGGUGCAACUAUGAUGGUGCGAGGCCCCGACUACUUGAUCGAUCGACGGAAAAUCCCAUCGCAGUCUCCGUACUUUCGCCUUGUUGGUGUUGACCUUUUUGAGUCAUCCGAAGCUGUCGAGCACAUUGCUUCACGUUCGGACAACCCUGUUCAGCGCGAGUUACGACGUCAUGAGGAGCUAGGAACGGAGAUGCCUUUCACCUUUGUGGUGAACUUUGUGGUGCCAGGAACCCCGCGCAUCAACCUGGUGUUGUACUAUCAGGUACCUCAUCCGUCGGUGUUGACGGAUGGUUCACCGUCGUCCGAGCUGAUGGCAGAUUUUUUGGAAGGAUCCGAUGAGUUCCGCAACGAACGUUUUAAGCUCAUUCCCUGCAUUGUAGAGGGGAGCUUUAUUGUGCGCCAGGCUGUGGGUUCCACUCCAGCUCUUGUUGGCAAAAAGUUACGCCAGCCUACGUUCCGUGGCAAGCAGUACUUUGAGUUGGAUGUCGAUAUUGGUUCAUCGGCAGUUGCCAAUCGUGUGGUUGGCCUCGUGUCAGGAUACACGAAGAAAUUGGUGAUUGACAUGGGGUUUGUGUUGGAAAGCCAAAGCUCGGAUGAAUUACCUGAGAGACUUUUAGGCAGUGUGCGCCUGGUGCAUAUCGAUCUCGGCGUUGCCAAAAGAAUCACGUGA